AUGUCGUUCUUCCAUUUUAUCAACUGCAUCGCGCUUUCAUUUGCGCCUUACUUUAUUGUCUACAAGUAUUCAGGUAUCAACGAGUAUAGCUCAAUCUGGAAAUGCGCAACAGCAAGUGGAGGAUAUCUGCUAACUCAGCUUGCGAAACUUCUCAUCCUUGCUACUUUCUUUCCAGAUCUCGAUGGGGAAGGAUUCGCCAUUUUACCGGAAUUUCUGAAGAGUAGUGCUGAUAUCAUCGACGUAAUUGGUCUUCAUCUUCUGAUGACAAAUUUCUUGGCUGGAAAGGGAGAAGUUCGAUUCGUUGUUGGUGGUCUUGGAUGGGGAUUCGCUCAUUCUAUUGCUCAUCGUCUCGUUCUUCUGUGGGUUGGAGCUCGUGGUACCGCUUUCACCUGGCGUUGGAUUCAGACUUCUCUCAACUCUUCGGCUGACUUGAUGGUUAUUGUUUCUCUCGCUUGCCUUACAUGGAUGAUCACUCGUAGUCAAAAUAAAGUUAUCAUCUCUCCCGUUCUCGCUAUGUGUGUGUUCUCCACAUUCGUAUAUCAAACCGUACAACACUCAUUCUCUCUUUACGGCUGGUCUCUAUUGGCAUUCCGUUUCGUCUACUCUAUCGCCACCGCUGCACUUACCGUCAUUGUCUAUUCUGCAAACCGCACAACAAACGCACGAAAGAAUGAGUAG